UCCUUCUGCUGCCUCGUUGCGACGCCUCCGCCUCGCCCCCUUUUCUCCCUUUGGAGAAGCAGAGUCGGCGGCAGCGGCGAAGGGAAGGAGAAAGGGAGAGGGGGAGAAGGAAAAAAAAAAGGCGCCCUCCCGCCUCAUCCUUUGUUUUUGUGGUUCCCUCGCGUAUUGAGCGUUCCUCGGCGUUGCGUUGUUCCGCGCGCCCUCCCGCCUCGCUUUCCCUCCCCCGCCUCCUUUGUGUGAGAGCGAGGCCCCUUUCCCCCCUUUUGUCGCGGAGGGAGAGGGUCGAGGAUGGGGCCGAGCGGGGGCCUCUGCUACUACUGGGUGAGGAGCCGCCGGAGGAGCAGCAGCAGCAGCCCUUGAAGCCGAGGAGGAGGAGGAGGAGGAAAGGGAAGAAGGGCGACCACCACUUCCGCCGCAGAGACCCUCCGCCGCCGCCUCAGGAUGAUGAAGUCCUCUCUACAUUCAGAAGAGGAUGAUUUUGUUCCAGAGCUUCAGAGAAGCAUCCAUCCCCGUGAAAGACCAGAUUGGGAAGAAACUCUCAGUGCAAUGGCGAGAGGAGCAGACAUCCCUGAGAUUUCAGGAGAGCUACCGCUGCGGACAUGUGGGAGCACAGCCAGCAUGAAAGUGAAAAAUGUGAAAAAAUUAUCCUUUACCAAGGGCCACUUUCCAAAGAUGGCUGAAUGUGCCCACUUCCAUUAUGAAAAUGUGGAUUUUGGAAAUAUUCAGCUUUCACUCCCAGAGGAACAAAAUGAAAUAACGAGGAAUGGCUGCGAGUCCAAGGAACUUGUCUAUCUUGUACAAGUUUCCUGUCAGGGCAAGAGCUGGAUUGUGAAGCGGAGUUAUGAAGAUUUCAGAGUGCUGGAUAAGCAUCUUCAUCUUUGUAUUUAUGACCGGCGCUUCUCUCAGCUCUCAGAGCUUCCCCGCUCAGAUGCCUUGAAGGACAGUCCAGAGCUUGUCACCCAAAUGCUGAUGGCUUACCUGGCACGCCUCUCCGCCAUAGCAGGCAACAAGAUAAAUUGUGGACCAGCCCUCACAUGGAUGGAGAUUGAUAACAAAGGGAAUCAUCUCCUCGUCCAUGAAGAAUCUUCCAUUAAUGUUCCUGCUAUCGCAGCUGCCCACGUUAUUAAGAGAUAUAUUGCUCAGGCAGCAGAUGAACUGUCGUUUGAGGUGGGAGAUAUUGUGUCUGUUAUUGAUAUGCCCCCGAAAGAACUGACCACAUGGUGGAGGGGAAAGCAUGGGUUUCAGGUGGGAUUCUUUCCUAGCGAAUGUGUAGAACUAAUUAAUGACAAAGUUCCUCAGUCUGUGACCAACUCGGUGCCAAAACCAGUUUCCCCUGCCCAUGGAGCCCGUCCAGCAUCCUGGAGCUACUUUCCCCCUUAUUUGGAGAUGGAUAGUGUAAAACAAGGUUCAGCCUAUGUUUCAGAGCCUUUGAACCAAUCCCACCUGAGUUCAGUGUCCAAAAAACACGGCAAGCUUAUCACUUUCCUGCGCACAUUCAUGAAGUCUCGGCCAACGAAACAGAAACUGAAGCAACGCGGGAUCUUAAAGGAGAGGGUUUUUGGCUGCGAUCUCGGAGAGCAUCUCCUCAACUCUGGCCAUGAUGUCCCCCAGGUCCUCAAGAGUUGCACUGAAUUUAUUGAAAAGCACGGCAUUGUGGAUGGAAUAUAUCGCCUAUCCGGGAUUGCGUCCAAUAUCCAAAAGCUACGGCAUGAGUUUGACUCGGAACAAAUCCCUGACUUGACAAAAGAUAUAUAUAUCCAGGACAUACACUGUGUGGGUUCGCUCUGUAAGCUCUACUUCCGCGAACUCCCAAAUCCUCUUCUCACCUACCAGCUCUAUGAGAAAUUCUCAGAUGCUGUAUCUGCCGCUACAGAUGAAGAACGUUUAGUUAAAAUCCAUGAUGUGAUCCAGCAAUUACCCCCACCUCACUACAGGACGCUAGAGUUCCUAAUGAGGCAUUUGGCUCAUCUUGCCGAUUACUGUGCCAUCACAAACAUGCACACAAAGAACCUGGCAAUUGUCUGGGCACCAAACCUGCUAAGAUCAAAGCAGAUAGAAUCUGCUUGCUUCAGUGGAACAGCUGCCUUUAUGGAGGUGCGAAUCCAGUCAGUCGUUGUGGAAUUCAUCCUCAAUCAUGUAGAUGUUCUUUUCAGUUCUAAGCUAAGCUCAGUCAUUCGAGAGAGUGCAGGUCACAGCUCCUUGUCACGGCCUAAAUCCCUGCUGGUGUCUUCUCCCUCCACAAAGCUACUCACCUUGGAGGAAGCGCAGGCGAGGACUCAGGCCCAGAUAAAUUCCCCAAUUGUGGCAGAUAGCAAGUACAUCGAAGUGGGAGAAGGACCAGCUGCUCUACAAGGAAAAUUCCAUACAAUCAUAGACUUUCCAUCUGAAAGAAAGAGGCCACCCGCUAAGGUGAAAAAGUCACCUGUGGGCAGCUGGCGCUCCUUCUUCAACCUGGGGAAAUCCUCAUCGCUCUCCAAACGGAAACUGCAGCGCAAUCCCAGCGAGCCCUCCGAAAUGAAAGCCAUCGCCCUUGCAGGAGGGCGAGGAGACAGUGGGACCCUGCGCUCAGCUAAAAGUGAAGAGUCCCUCUCCUCUUUACAUGCUAUUGAUGGCGAAUCGAAACUUUUUCGACCUCGAAGACCAAGGUCUAGCAGUGACGCACUGUCUGCUUCUUUUAAUGGGGACCUCCUGGGAAACAUGAACCGCUGCAAUUCCUAUGAUAACCUUCCCCACGGCCAUGGGAGUGAAGAAGAGGGGCAUAUCCAUGUUCCUGCUCUCAUCUCUCCACGGUCAUCUGAGGAUGUUGACCUGAGCCCACCAGAAAUUGGUGUGGCUAGCCUGGAUUUUGACCCCAUGUCUUUCCAAUGCAGCCCACCAAAAGCAGAGUCCGAGUGUCUCGACAGCAGCACUUCCCUCCUGGAGUCAGUAGACUUCAAUAAGGACAAGCAAAGUACCUUUAAGAAGGAGUUAGACUCAGGCAGCCAGUGCCAGACCCCUGGCAGUGCCACAAGCUCUGAACCAGUUUCCCCUUUUCAAGAGAAGACCAUGAGUCCCUUCUUCACGCUAGACUUGAGCCCAACAGAAGCAAAGCCACCCAAACCCCAGUCUUUCUCAGAGAAGGUCUCCCAUGCCUUCUCCCCCAAGAUGGGGCGAAAGCCCAUCAGAUCUCCGCCACUGCAUAUCUCAGAGCCAGUUUCCUUCACUAUCACCAGCCGAAUGCCAGAUGUUGUCAUUGGAGGGGUGUCAGGAAGUAUAGGCUCUUCAGACUGGACUAAAGGAAAUGCCGGCAUUAGUGAAGCUGCGGCCAUAUCUCCACCCCAGCUGGUAACAUCCCCAUUAAAAGAUAAUGACAUGAAACCUGGUGAAGGAUCCCAACAUAAGUUCCAGAACCAAGAAGAUGCUAAGAAACUAGAUCUUCAAAAAGAGAUGGAGCAAUCCAUGCCCAGCAGCAGCCAGAGUAAGCCUGUACCUUCUGGACAGACACAGCCAGGAGCAGUUGCCCUCGACUCCCCCCAGGAUGCUGUUCCAGUCAAUUCUCUCUCUGUUGUCCCUCCUCCUCCUCCAAAAAAUGCUGCACGUAUAUUAGCCUUAGCCCUGGCAGAAUCUGCCCAACAAGCCUCUGUUCAGUCCCAGAAGAAACCGGACGUUCAUUCUGAGUGUGCCACCUGCACAGAGACUGAGAGCGGUGGAAUGGUAGAAAAAUUCCAUCCAUAUUCUGGCAUUACCCCAGAAAAGUUCCACCUCUAUUCUUCUCUGAUAGAGAGCCAACUAAAUUUUCCAAAUACUACAGCUGGAGAUCACCACAGGAGUGGAUUCCCUGUUGAUCAAAACAGUAGCACGGCAGAGAGUAGCAAUCACCUCCAUGUUGGCUACCCAGUAUUCCGGGACCACCCCCUUGUCCCUGCUGACAUACCUGGAAACUUUCAUAGUGGCAACAGUAUGGGUUGGGACCAUUCCCACUUCCAUCCAUGCAUGUUGGGCGACACACGCCAUCCUCCUCAUUCUGCUCUAACUGAGGGUCAGAACCACUCUGAUCCUUGUACUACCAGAGAACCUGUUCAGUCAGAACCACCCACCGCAGAGACACCUGUAGAAAACCCUCCCCUCCAUCCCUGUCUGUCUUUGGAGAAGAACCAAGUCCAUAAUAGCAAACCUCAUUUUCCCAUCAGCACAGCAGAUGACAAACUCCAGUUUCCUCCUGUAACUUCUGAAGAGAAAAAAGCUGCCACAGUUCUGGCAUAUAUGGCAAAGAACCAGACAACUGAAAUUGACACCAGUCAGAACAUGGUUCCUCCCCAGCCAACCACAGUCAGUGCUAGCAGCAACACGUGGGGUGAAGCGGGACAUGCAACUGCUGAGUACACUCUUGCAGGCAGCCACCAAGCUCCACCACAGAGACCAGGGGACUACCAGCCAGCCAUGGGGCAAGCUCCGGCCACUAAAGCUUCUUGCGACUUCAGUCAGGUACGAAGGGAGGUGACUGCAGAGAAACUCCCUGAGCCUCGAUCCGCUGACCCGGCUCCUUUUUUCAUUCCUGAGGGCAGUGCCGCAAUCCAGUGUACAUCAGCCACCCCAGUUGCCACGUUUCACCAAGGGCAUUUGGAAAAGGCCCGAGAGAACUCCAGGGCUCCCCCUUUGCACCUGAGGUCUGAGUCUGUCCCAACUGCAUCGUCUUACGGAUUUACCCCUCCUGUCCCUCCUGUGAGAACAAUGGAAAGUAAAAUAGCAGCAGCCAUGCAUUCAAACAGUGCGGACACUGUGAACCCAGCCACAUACCAUUCCUAUAUGGCUCCCUCCGCACUGCAGCAAACAGUAGAGGAUCAAAUGUUGCCACCGCCGCCACCUCCUCCCCUACCGAAACAAGCUUCCCUUCCGUCUACCUAUUUCUCUCACCCGAAGGCAGAGAGCACUGCAGAUCCUCCAGCAUCAGAGAACUGUGGGCAUCACAAGCCAACAUCCAUGCAUCAGUACAGAGCUGAAAGCAUGCCAGGGCACUUGUAUCACAGCAAGUCUGAGCAACACCCGGGCUAUCCUUCUCUGGCAGAGACCGCUCCUUCCAUGGGCUCCAGGUACGGUGCAUAUGCUACCCAAGGGAAGAGCUCAUCUGUCCAUCACUCCAAGCCUCGCAGCCGAGUGGAAUAUAUAUCCUCCAUGAGCCCACCAAUGAGGAGCUCUAGUUAUGCUGAGGAGACCCCACCGUAUCCCAGCAUUCGUAGGGUGCAUUCGUUGCACGUGACGGCUCCCUCCACGAUCCGAUCAGUCCCCAUCUCCCGUACAGAGGUGCCUCCUGAUGAUGAGCCCCUUUAUUGUCCAAGACCUCUCUACCAAUAUAAGCCAUAUCAGCCCCAUGCGGAUUAUCAUGUCACACAGUUACAGCCUUACUUUGAGAAUGGGCGGGUUCAUUACCGGUAUAGCCCCUACUCGAGCUCAUCUGGCUCUUCAUGCUAUACUGCCGCCGAUGGUGGACUUUAUGACUUGGAUCCAUAUGGCACUAUGAGAGUGAGGCAGUUUCAUCCUUUCCCAGGCAGAGACUUUGCAUCUUAUUCCAAGCAGACCAAAAGUCUCUAUCGCUAUCCGGGCCUACCCCCAUAUCCACGGGGAGGCUUUGUUGGACACUUGGCAGGCAAAGAACACAGCUUCAUCAGCAGGGAUGUGCCACCUGCUCCCGAUGUCAAGCCCAUGUAUGUCUCCUGGGAUUUGGAGGACAUGGAAAAAUACCGCAUGCAGUCCAUCCGUCGAGAAAGCCGUGCUCGCCAGAAAGUGAAAGGGCCCGUCAUGUCCCAAUAUGACAAUGUCACCCCUUCAUUACAGGAUGAAUUACGAACUGUGGAUGUUGUUCACAUGCGCAGCAAAUCUGAUCCUGGGAAAACUGGACUCCUGACGGUUGCUGAUGGAAAAGAAGGGAGAUACCCAGGCAAGGGAGGCAGCCCUGAGGGAGACGAACGUUACUAUGUGCCACAUCCAGAACCUGAUGUCGAUAGAGCCCAUUACCAUGGGAACUAUGGGAAUGGGCAGUCGGAGAAACCUUGUCUCCCUCAAAAACAAAGCAGCCUCAGGAGUCGAAAGCAACAUGAAACGAGCUGCAAUUCAGCAGAGCACAGAACACACCUGCCACAUGAAGCGAGCCAUAGGCAGCCCCUGGAUACUAAAAAUGGACCGUCAUAUCCCGAUUACCGGUCAAAGGGCCAUCAGGAAUUGUCAGAAUCCAUUGGAUAUCAUCAUUCUGGUGGGAAGUAUGUCCCAGCUGCUCACGACGCCUCGAGGAUAAAUCAUAAAGAGGUAAAACUGGCGGAGGACAAGGCUGAUGUGGAGCGACCUCGACCCAGGCCAUCCGCUUCUGCGGAAAAGCAUUCCAGAGACUGCUACAAGGAGAGCGAGCACUACGGACAGCCUGCCGCAGUGCCACCUCCUAAACCGGAACGGAGCCACAGCCUCCGACUCCAACACCUGGAGAGCGGGGAGCAGCGGGACCCCGGUGGCCUCCUUUACCCAUACCAAACCCUUGGCAAACGCCAAAGCACUAUGACCGUUGUGUCCCAGUAUGAUAACUUGGAAGAUUACCAUACCAUGCCUCAGCACCAAAGAGGAGGGGGCUAUGCUGGAGGAGGGGGCUUUCUUCCCCCUUUUGCUCACCCACACAGUAGGACUUACGCCACCGCCCUGGGCCAAGGAGCUUUCCUUCCCACAGAGCUUUGCCUACAGCGGCAAGAGACUGAGAUCCACGCAGAGUGACCUGGGGGGCAGAAGAAGGGAUAGAGAGUAAGCAGCCCCUGCUGGACAGUGGACUGGUCUAUUUUUUCAGUGAUAAUACAAAAUUAAAAAAAAUACAUCAAAGCAACUCCUGCCAUUAGCCCCCCUACCCACUCAGCUCCAGCCCUCCCUCCACCAUGCUGCUUACUGUUUUUUAUAUUGCAAAUGUAUAGUUUUCCCUCCCUUGUAUUAUUUAACAAUAGAUUGCAACCAUCAAGCAGGCUUUUGUUCAGGCUUGAAGACAAAAACAGUAUCCGAGAAAACCAGAAAUUAGAGCUGGAAAUAUAGGAAGGGGGGCAUGCUGUGAAGGGUUCCCACUUCCUUCGAUUUCCAGACCUAUAGCUUUGUCACUAUCCUCCAGAAUCCUGUGCAUGAUAAUAUGUAUUUACCGGUUGAUACCGAUAUUUCUUCUCCAGGUAAAAGUCCCUUAAUAUGUGAUCGAUAGAGAGAUUUAGAACGACAAACUUUCAUAAAUAAUUUAACUUGGUAUUUUAGCCUCCACGCACUAAACUCUAGGAAGAGAUUAUUUUAUAUUAUUUGUUCCAUGUUUGAUUUUUAAAUAAUAAUAAUAACAACAAUAAUAUGGUACCCUUUCCCCUAAAUGUUCUCUCAGUGCUUGUUAAAUUCGGAUCGAAUCUGAAAUCGGUCAGUUGUUGCAGGAAAUGCUGGAUAUGGUCCACGGAGGUGAAGAGAAAAGCAAAAUGAUCUUGUCUGUUUCAGUGCUUUCUCUUAAGAAAUCCAUACUUAGUUGCUUCAAAGAUUGGGAUGUAUAAACCUCAGGACUGAUUAGCAUUAUUUUGAAUGGAGCUGAUUUACCCAAGCUGACAGGUAAUGCUUACAUUUGUAACGUUUUAGGAUCCCUUUUCAUGACAAAUUUGUUUCCCUAAGUAGUCUUCUAACAGUGGAUAUUUGGCAAUCCUCUGCUGGAUGAGCCCAACUAAAAGAGUAGCAAAAUAGCUGUGUCCUGGCCCAGCUCCCAAUGCUUUCAGUAGGGAGUGUCGCAGUAUAUUCUGCAUAAGGGCAAGCUGAUUUAACUCCCCAUUAAAGUAAAUUCAAAUAGUAAUUAUUAAUGUUGCGCCUCUGUCUUUAUUGCUGAUUAUUUGUUAGUUAUGACAAACAUGCUCCCACGUACCUGCGAAUUUAGUGACCCAACUUCUUCAUGUCCUGAAAUAAUGUCAAUUGGCUUGACCUAAGGGAUAGUUAACUGUGUUGCAGCACACACCUGUCUAACCGUGUUGUUGAGGCAGAUACGAAGAACCUGUGGCCCUACAGAUAUUGUUAGAGUCCAACUUUGAUUAGUCCCAGCUAGCAUAUAUAACAAUUGAGCCGUAGAUCACCAUUUGGGAAGCCACAGGAUGAUUUCACCUUAUAUGUUUUUAGCAUUUAGAUUGGUGGUGCGGUGCACAAGCUGGUACACCAUUUCCCUUAUUUUUUAGAUACCUGUAGCAAUGGAACAGUAUAUUAGUUUGCUUUUGUGGUGAAGUUAUAAAUAUCCAGUGCUUUUAAACAUGAAAAAGAAAAAAGUAGAGAUCUCAGACUUGCACAUAACCUUAGGAAUCAGAGAGUAAAUACCCCAGUAUUGCACUUACUCCAUUAAAAAAAAUCAGCAUUCCAGUAGAUGUCAUGAAAAAAGCCCCUCAAUAGUCCAGGCCAGGUAUAAAUGUGUUCUUCUUCUGGAUCAUCAAAACUCCAUAGCUUACUUCAAGUCCAGAAGAGGUGCUCAGAACAGCUUUGUAAUCAUUCACAGAUGAUGAGGAUCACUAGAAGGAAGACAUCUUAGAGCACUGGUUCUCAACUUGUGGGUCCCCAGAUGUUUUAGCCUUCACCUCCCAGAAAUCCUAACAGCUGGUAAACUGGCUGGGAUUUCUGAGAAUUGUAGGCCAAAACAUCUGGGGACCCACAGGUUGAGAACCAUUGUCUUGGACUCGCAGUGGUUCUCAACCUGUGGGACCCCAGAUGUUUUAGCCUUCACUUCCCAGAAAUCCCAGCCAGUUUACCAGCUGUUAGGAUUUCUGGGAGGUGAAGGCUAAAACAUCUGGGGUCCCACAGGUUGAGAACCAUUGUCUUAGACUCGCAGUGGUUCUUAACCUGUGGGUCCCCAGAUGUUUUGGCCUUCAGCUCCCAGAAAUCCUAACAGCUAGUAAACUGGUGGGGUUUCUGGGAGUUGUAGACCAAAACAUCUGGAGACCCACAGGUUGAGAACCAUUAUCUUAGAGCAUAAGUUUCGUUCAUUGGCAUUCCAUUCUUUUAAAUAAUAUGUUUGCAGGGGCACAAAGUCUGUCUUAAAUGCAACAUGUUGUUUGGUCCUCUAGACUUCCCAGAUUGGUUUGUCACAAUAAGAGUAGUUUGUCCUCUCCCUUUUUUUUUUGUCAUUGUGGUAUGAAUUAUUUUCAAGGUCUCCACCUUGUUUUAAGUGGGUAUCAUUCCUGAAUGUGCUAAGUAUAUAUUUAGUGGCCAGAAAACUCACUGUGAACCAGGUUUACCUCAGCCUUCUCUCCCUCCUUAUAAAGAACCUUAAAUCUUUUUGGUUUGGUAGGUAAACAAAAAAAAAAUGUAGAUUGGGCAUCCCAGCCUGCUAGUUGUGCGGAGCAAGCCAGUUCCGCCAUCUGUUCGGAGUCCUUGCAUAUCCUAUCAAGUGAAUCCCAGCUAUGACCCACACAAGAUUUUUCCUUAAACCCACAUAAUUUUUACAUUUGAGUUCUUCACACUGUAAAAAUGGCUGCAUAGGUUCUCUUGGGGGUUAAGGUAACAACAAAACUUAGUGUGUUUUGGGAUAUAAAAUGUUCAGGUUGUGAAGCUGUAGGGCAAACCUCUGUCUUCACGAAAGCCUUAAUUUUCCUUGUAUCCUCUCCAUAUAUUGGCCUUAAGUUAUCUGCCCUCCA